ACGCAGCAAAGCUCUGUCUGUUUCGGGCCUUCUGCGCUCUCUGGACACGUUCUCCUCUGAGGUGAAAAGAAACACACGGCGCGCUCUCAUAGACACAUGUCAGUGACAAGGCGACUGCUAUACACUAUUGCCACAGGAGACUUGUCAUAAUGACAGAACUUUUCCUUCUGCACAAGUUUAUGCCAUAAGUUACUCGUCAUGUAAUAAGCUCAUAGUGAUAUACAGUCAGUGAACCUCUUGCUGCUGAAAGAUGUAAAUAUGGAACUUAUUUUAUACGUAUGUAAGAAAGUGAACAUCAUGGAAAAUAUAUCUCAACCUCAGCUUCCAAUGGGGGUCAGCUUUCUGAAUGUUGCUCAUACCUAUGUACCAAAUACUAAAGUGGAGUGUCAUUAUACUAUCCCUUUUGGCAUGAAGAGUUCUACUAGAGAUUGGAUAGGAAUCUUUAAAGUAAACACUUCAUCUAUACGGGAUUAUGAAACAUUUGUCUGGGCUGUGCCCCCUGAAAAUGCCGGAGAAAGAUCAAUAUCUCAUUGCAGUGUCCAGUUUCAAGCCUAUUAUCUGCCGCAUCCUGGAGAACAGCAAUACCACUUUCAUUAUGUGGAUCAGUGUGGCAGUGUGAGAGGAUGUAGUGAAGCUUUUGUGUUUGGAGAACCACAGCCUAUGGAAGAAAUGGUUACCUUGGAAGAUGAAGAUUCCUGUCUGGAUAUGCUCUUAAUUGUCCCAAAAGCUACUUUCCUUCAGAAUCAGCUGGAGAUGGCCCAAAAGGAGAGAAAUGAUCUCAUGAGGGCUAGGCUUGCUUUAGAGGAGGAAGUGAUCUCAAAAGAGAAAAGAAUCUGCUAUCUUGAAGCUGCAUUAGACAUUUCAGAAAAGACAUGUUUCUCUUUGAAAGAGCAGUGUGAGGAUCUUGUUACGAGAGAACAAAUUGCAAAAGGAGAAAGGAACCUUCUCAACUGUCAGGAGGCAGAGUUACGUGAACGGAUUUUGCAACUUGAGAGUGAAAUUCAGAGUAUGAAUAAGAAGAUGCAGGAAAAUGAUAGGGUGCUUGAAGGUACAGUCGCAAUAAAGUUCUCUUUAGAGACUGAAAAGGGGGAGUUAAAGCAACGUCUUGGAGAGACAACAGUGGAAAUUGAGCGCUACCAGCUACAAGUGGACUCAUUGCGAGAGAAACUACGGAGCUCUCAGGAUAUGCUUUCCUCAAGCCAGCAGAAAGCUCUUCUGAUGGGGGAGGAGCUGGCAUCAAUGUCUUCCAUUCGAGACUGUACUAUAUCUGAUCUUCACAAAAGCCGCCUUGAAACAGCUGACCUUGCCAUUAAGGUGUCUGAUCUGAGCGUGAAGUUUAAGGAAGGGAUGGGGCAGUGGUGGCAGGAGAAGACUGCUUUAAAUCACAGCAUGGAGGCCAAGAGGGAUCAGAUUGUGAAUUUGAAAGCAGAAAAACUAAGCCUGGAUAACAGUCUGCAGGAAGAGAGAAGUCAGAGGCAAGCACUGCAGUGCAAGCUAAACCAGGAAACAGAUGCCAGACAGGUGCAGUUAUCAGAGAACAGACGAGAGCUGAGUGAAUUGAAAUCUGCCCUAAAAGUUGCACAGAUGGAGAAGGAGCAACUGAUAGAGGAGAGGCAGGAAAUUCAUCAGUAUGUACGUAGGCUGGAAGAACGUCUAGACAAGCUUGCUGAUGAGAAAUGGAAAGAAGAUAAAAUGCUUAUGGAAGACAAAACAGACUCAAGUCCUCCAACUUUAUCAGUGGAUCUUUCUGACUCAGAUGAUGAAUCCCCUGGAGAUGAGGGUGUAUCUCAGCAGCUUGGACCAUGUUCCUUGGAUGAACAGGACCUCUCCUUGAACCUCCCUGUGUUUCCAUGUGAGCCUCAGAAGGUGGUGAUAAACCAACCUGCACCAAUUGCUUGUCAACUGCAGCCUCUCCCUGAGGACAACCCUGAUUCAUGGUAAAAGAGAUAAUGGAAGCGGUGGAAACAAACAGAAGACUUGUUAUGCAAAUAGAGCUUCAUAGUGCCAGGGACUGGUGCACUGCAAGAACCCGGGAGAACAUUGCUUUAAGAAUCCUCACUGCCUUCUCACAUGUACUAUAUAUAGCAAUGGACACUCACCAGCCUUGGAAACUUCAGUAAUGCAAUGAGUAGCCUCUUGUAAGCUUUAAUUAUUACUUUUAUCAGUCCCGUUGUUAAGCAGUAUAUCCUACGGUUUGAAUAUAUUUUAUGUGUCCUCAGUA